AAUGAUGCCUCACUGUCUCAUUACCCAUUUUCCAAACUUAGCUUAUUUCAGGAUAAACCAUUUAUUUAACCCCCUCUUAUAUCACUUCUCUCUCUUUUCUUCUCCCUGCUUCCCUCCCUCUCAUUUCAAGAGGCAGGGCAAUUGGGAGUGCUUUUGUUCUCUGCCUCGCAUGAUAUGAAUCCUUAAUUCUUCACCAAUCAAACCAAUCCAACCGACACCAUGUCUGAACUUCUCUCUUCAGGGACCGAUUCUUUUAAGAAGAAAGCAAUCAAUGCCUCAAACAUGUUGAGGAAUUCUUUGACGAGAAAGGGCAGGCGAAGCAGCAAGGUCAUGUCCGUUGAGAUUGAGGAUGUCCACGAUGCUGAGGAGCUCAAAGCUGUUGAGGAGUUCCGUCAAGCUCUUAUUUCGGACGAUCUUCUCCCGGCGAAACAUGACGAUUAUCAUAUGAUGCUCAGAUUCCUCAAGGCCAGGAAAUUUGAAAUUGAUAAAUCAAAGCAAAUGUGGUCUGACAUGCUCAAAUGGAGGAAAGAAUUUGGUGCUGACACUAUUGUGGAGGAGUUUGAAUUCAAAGAAAUAGAUGAAGUGUUAAAAUAUUAUCCCCAAGGACAUCAUGGAGUAGAUAAAGAGGGACGACCCGUGUACAUAGAGCAAUUGGGACAAGUUGAUGCCACCAAGCUAAUGCAAGUUACAACCAUGGAUCGCUAUAUCAAAUACCACGUAAAGGAGUUUGAGAAGACAUUUGAUUUAAAGUUUGCAGCUUGUUCGAUUGCUGCGAAGAAGCACAUUGAUCAAAGUACGACUAUCCUGGAUGUGCAGGGCGUGGGGCUUAAAAGCUUCAACAAACAUGCUAGGGAACUAGUUACUCGCAUUCAGAAGGUUGACGGUGACAACUACCCAGAGACCUUGAACCGCAUGUUCAUCAUCAAUGCAGGUUCUGGAUUUAGAAUACUGUGGAACACCGUAAAAUCCUUCCUUGAUCCUAAGACCACAGCAAAAAUUAAUGUCCUUGGCAACAAGUAUGAUACUAAAUUGCUUGAAAUAAUUGAUGCCAGUGAACUACCAGAGUUUUUAGGAGGUACCUGUACAUGUACUGAUCAAGGAGGCUGUAUGCGCUCCGAUAAGGGCCCGUGGAAGGAUGAAGAAAUACUUAGGAUGGUUCAGAAUGGUGCUCACAAAUGUUCAAGAAAACCUGAGUCUCAUGGGGAGGAAGAGAAACCAAUUUCUGAGGACAAGACUUCCAAGUUUGACGAAAAUCUCACCCCACAGGUUUCUCCAGUUUGUGAUCAGGUCCCUGCUGCUAAACUUUCCAAGAACGUGGACGUAAUCCCUGUGGCUAUCCCCGUGGGUGUCCCGGUGGCUGUUCCAGCGGCUGACAAAAAUGCAUCGAAGAAAGUUGGUCAGAAUGACACAACGUCCAAAGAGUUUACAACUGUGAUGAAACGCAUGGCUGAGUUGGAAGAGAAAAUGACCACCAUGAAUCAUCAGCCUGCUACCAUGCCGCCAGAGAAGGAGGAAAUGCUGAAUGCUACUAUAAGUCGAGCGGAUGUCUUAGAGAAACAACUUAUGGACACCAAGAAGGCUUUGGAGGAUUCGCUUGCUAAGCAAGAGGUGCUUUCAGCUUAUGUUGAGAAAAAGAAACAGAAGAAGAAGACGUUUUUCUGCUGUUAAGUGCGAAAUAGUGGAUGCCAAACAAGAGGUCCAUAUAUUAAAGGAGAGUUGACUUUUACUUUAAGCUUUUUCAGGAGACUCCCAAAGUGCCCUCUUACCAUAAGUGUGCAAUAUGCGUACUAGUAAAUCUACAUGACGCCAAGAAAAGGAUAUGCUCAAUGUGUGAAUUGUAUAUGCUAAUCUGAAUUUUUGUCUCUACUAGGUUAGGACUACUUGCUCUCUAUGUAUAUAGGGCUAUGCACAAUAUGCAAAGCCAGCCCUGUGAUGUCCUUACAGGAACAAUACAUCUAGUGCAAAAUUAGAGAGUAUGUUUGAUUUUUAUAUACAUGGAAAUCUACCUCCAACGAAUGAGCUCUUUCCUUUUGCUUAUGUGACAAGAAAAAAGCAUUACUAGUUGUGAGAAGUACAAUUGGCCAUAUUUGUGUGUGAACUGAGCUGUAAAUGAAGCAAAGUUUUAUUUAAAUAUAGAAAAUGUGACUCUUGUAAACA